UGAAUUAAAGUGAACUGAAUAUAUAGCAUAUUGUAAUAUACAUACGAGUGCGCAUCGUAUACACGUAAGUCGUCGUAUAUUUUGCCCGUGCUUGAAAUCGUGCGGCCGACGAUGAAGAAAGAAAGGAUAUUUAAGAUAAAAUGAGUGAUUUGCAAAUUUUUCGAGUACGCGAAAAAAAAUUCUGUAAUUAUAUACGAGUGUCUUGUGUACUUUGUCGAGAUCCAGCUGUUUAAGAGUGAUCAGUAUCGUGAAAACAUGAAAACUAACACGUGAAGUCGACGAAAUAAUUGACAAAUUAAUUUUUACCACAUUUCAAAGAGAUUUUACAGUGAAUGUGAAGAAAAAAACAAAAGGAAAAAGAAUUUCUUAUGCUUCAGUUUUCUCCUCUCUCCAUAACGUUUAUUGUUAUUUUACCUGUUGUGAUCUCUGAAUUGUAAAUCACUGACACUCCUGAGAAAAUUCCAUUGAAAAUAUACACUACGAUGACGAAUGAUCGAGCAAACAACAGCGCCUUGGCGAGUUACGAUGCACCGCCGCCGCCAGCGGCAGCGACAACCGAGUCGGUUAAAGCCACCGAAAUUCAGAUGCCACUGCUCAGACCCGCUCUCAACAACAACAACAGCAGCAAAUUGUUUCAAGAGCAGCAGCAGCGACAGCAUUACGAGGACACGAGAUGCGGCAUCUCGUUCGUGCAAGGCGAGUUCAUCCAGAAAUUCGCCAAGCGAAAGAUCUAUAUCAGUCUUUACGGAGCCCUAGGAUGUCUGUUCAUGGCUUGCUCGUCAUACGCCUCCAGCACCUUCUCGACCAUGGAGAAGAGGUUCAAGAUACCUUCCAAAGCCAUAGGUGUUAUAGCGAUAGGCAACGACAUUUCGCAAAUCAUCGUAUCCAUAUGGAUUUCUUACUACGCGGACAAGCAUCACAGACCGCGAUGGAUAGCCAUCGGUGUAUAUCUGGUCGCCUGCUUCUGCUUCAUCAACGUGAUACCUCACCUGCUCUACGGCCCCGGUGAGAACGCCCUGCUGCUGACCAAGGAGUACGGCGCCAACUCGACGCAGUCCUUGAGCGAGUCCUACAAGAAGGCCCUGUGCACGCUGGAGCGCGACGACGACGACUGCAUCGAGGCCACGGGCAGUCACGAGACCAAGUACAUCCUGUUUAUUGCCCAAUUCAUAUUGGGUAUCGGCAAUUCGCUGUUCAGUACGUUGGGAAUAUCCUACAUGGACGACAAUACGCAGAGAGCCAAGACUCCGAUCAUCAUUAGUUUCACGUACUUCUUGAGGAUGUUGGGGCCCGUGGCGGGUUACGGUUUGUCGACCAUCACUCUGAAGUACUACAUCAGUCCGAAUUUGACGCCGAUCAUCAACAAGACAGAUCCGAGAUGGCUCGGAGCUUGGUGGAGCGGCUGGAUCAUCCUCGCGGUUCUGCUCAUAAUCUUCGGCAGCAUCAUAGCUCUGUUUCCUCGAGCCUUGCCCGAGACCGUAGCCAGUAAGGCUGCCUCGAACAAGAAAAUCAACGACCUCGCUGUCAACGAGGCCGAGGACGAGAAGGCCUCGUUCGGCGAUCUGUGGAAGACGUUCAAGCGACUGCUGCGCAACAAGGCUCUGAUGUGCAACAACAUCGCCUCCGUCUUCUACAUACUCGGCUACAGUGCCUACAUGACCUUCAUGCCCAAGUACAUCGAGAUCCAGUACAAGCAGAGCGCCUCGGCGGCGGCCCUGCUCACCGGCAGCUCGAGCCUGUUCUGCAGCGCCAUCGGCAUUCUCGGCGCCGGCGCCUUCAUCCAGACGUUUCGGCCCAAGGCUCGCUCCUUGGCCUUCUGGAACGUGCUGGUCGGCGUCACGACGGUCGUCGCCAUCAUCGGCUACGCCUCGCUGGGCUGUCCGGCGGUCGAUCAGCGUAUCUCGCUGUCGCGCGACGGUUCCCUCAUGACCGAGCUGCCCUGCAAUCAGAACUGCAACUGCGACUACAUUACUUACAAUCCGGUGUGCGCCGAGGACGGGCAGACCUUCAUAUCGGCCUGUCACGCGGGUUGCAGCUCUUUCGACCUCGGUCACAAAAGUGGUGGACUCAGCUAUACCAAUUGCAGCUGCGUAGCGUCGUCCAUACCAGAACGAAAAUUCGGCGGUUCGGCCAGGCUCGGUCCGUGUCCGCUGGACUGCACCAAGUAUCUGAAAAUUUUCAUAGCCAUCGUAUGCGUGGUCAAACUGAUCGGCGCCUCCGGCAGAACCUCCAACUUUCUCGUGUCGGUGCGCUGCGUGAGCGACAAGGACAAAUCGAUGGCACUCGGGGCUGGUUUGUCGAUGAUGAGUCUGUUGGCGUUCAUCCCAGCACCCAUACUUUUUGGAUACAUUUAUGAUUAUACUUGUGUCAUGUGGGGCAAAACUUGUGGUGGAAACGGCAACUGCUGGCUUUACAACGCGAGUGCUUUGAGGAGUCUCGUGAAUUACACGGCUGCAGGAUUCGUUUCGAUCGGCGUAUGUUUCGAUGUAGGCGUGUGGUAUUACGUCAAGAACGUGAAAGUCUUCGAGGAAGAAGAGGAACACGAGAGAGGAGUGGAAAUGGAGACAGUUAAUUAGGAUAACCAUCAGUUUAAAAUUAAGCUUAACUCUU